AUGCGUAACGCAGUCAUCAUUUUACUGGCCGCGUUUUCCGCUGUAGCCAGGGCGGCCAUCCUCAGGUCCGGCGGCGUCGAAUUGCCAACUUACACAGAUCCAUGUAAAAGAAAUGAUAAGGACUUCAGUGGUUGUCUGAAGAAAACCCUUCAAUACUUGAUCCCGAAAUUUAGUAAAGAGGGAAUUCCACAGUUGAAUAUCACAUCUUUGGACCCAUUCUAUUUGAAUGAAUAUCUUAUGCAUUUCGAGUCUACACAAAUCGAAGGAAAAUCUCUAUUCAAAGAUGUUUACAACCAUGGUUUGGGAUCUAUAAAAAUCGUCGAUGUCAGAUCUGUCGUUGAAGAUCCAGAACAGUUGGAAUUAGAAGUCGACUUUUACAUGCCAAAAGUGAUAUCAAACGGAAAAUUCAAGGGUGAGGGAAGAAUUGGCCAGAUGCCAAUCAUGGGCAAAGGCGUAUUCAACGUGACGUCUUAUGAUGUUACCGGUUCUUGGAUGUUGAAAGGCAAUGCCGUUGAGUUGGACGGACAACGUUACAUGCGUAUCAAGGACGUUGGCAUGAAAUUAGACAUUGGAGACAUGAAAAUAUACGCGACCAACAUGAUCAAUGGGAGCCCCGAAUUGAGCCAAAUGGCGUUAACCUUCGCUAACCAAUUUUGGCGAGUGAUAUUCCAAAUCAUGAUGCCGUACGCCGAAGAGGGUUUCGAGAAGAUCACAAGACCCAUUCUCAACCAAGUGUUCCUGGAGGUUCCUUAUGACCAGCUGUUCCCGCCCAGCCGCAAAUAA